UAGCUCAUUAAUGGCUCAGCUGCCUCUGCCGGGGCAGGCAGGCUCUCCCUCGAGCACAGCCAGCUACAGGCUGCAGCUGAUGACUGUUUCAGAAUCUGUCCACUGGAGGCUCCCAGCAGUUCAUGCGUCACUUCAUUCCUGCCGCUGAUCAUGGCGGAGCUUGAGACAAUGCAGUCUGAACUGGAGGCGCCCGAAGUUCUCAAUGGGGACGCCGGCGAGAACGAAGAGAAAGAGGACGAGGAGCCCUCGGAAUCAGGGAAGAAAAAGAGAAGAAAAAAGAAAAAGAAUAAGACUGCUGCUCCAGCAGGGACAAAUGAGGCUGAGGGGGAUGGAGAUACCGGAGGUGUUGGUGAUGUGACGAAACAGUUGAAGCAGCAAGCUCUGCUGGAGGACAAAGAGAAAGAGGACGAUGGAGUGGAUGAUGGGGAAGAUGUUGAGAACUCAGCAGGGAAAAAGAAAAAAAAGAAAAAGAAGAAGAAAGGAGUGAAGGGACAGACUGACCCUCCCUCCAUCCCUAUUUGUGAGCUGUAUCCCAGUGGAGACUUCCCAAAAGGAGAGGAGUGUGAAUAUCCCCCAUCUAAAGACGGGCGCAGUGCAGCGUGGAGGACCACCCAUGAGGAGAAGAGGGUCCUAGACAAGGCUAACGAGGAGAUGUGGAAUGACUUCCGUCAGGCUGCCGAGGCCCAUAGACAGGUCCGAAACUACGUCAACACCUGGAUCAAACCUGGGAUGACCAUGAUCGACAUCUGUGAGCGGUUGGAGGGCUGUAGUAGGAGGCUAAUCAAGGAGAAUGGUCUGAAGGCUGGCCUGGCAUUCCCCACUGGCUGCUCCAUCAACCACGUUGCUGCCCACUAUACACCCAACGCUGGAGACCCCACAGUACUGCAGUAUGACGACGUCUGCAAGAUAGACUUUGGCACGCACAUCAACGGUCGAAUCAUUGACUGUGCCUUUACCGUGACCUUCAACCCAAAGUAUGACAAACUACUGGAGGCUGUAAGAGAUGCUACCAACACAGGCAUCAAGUGUGCAGGGAUAGAUGUGCGUCUGUGUGACGUGGGUGAAACCAUCCAGGAGGUCAUGGAGUCUUAUGAGGUGGAGAUAGAUGGGAAAACAUACCAAGUAAAGCCAAUCAGGAACCUCAAUGGCCACUCCAUCGGACAGUACAGGAUACACGCAGGCAAGACUGUUCCCAUCGUCAAGGGAGGAGAAGCUACCAGGAUGGAGGAAGGUGAGGUGUACGCAAUCGAGACAUUUGGCAGCACAGGGCGGGGAGCGGUCCACGAUGACAUGGAGUGCUCGCAUUACAUGAAGAACUUCAGUGUUGGACACGUGCCAAUAAGCGCUGCUGAAGGGUUACUGUCAGGCCUUUCCUGUGUGUUCCCUCUCCUCUCUCCCUGUUCUGCGUCAAGACUUCCCAGGGCCAAGCAUCUGCUAAAUGUGAUCAAUGAGAACUUCGGGACAUUGGCGUUCUGCCGCCGCUGGUUGGACCGGCAGGGAGAGAGCAAGUACUUGAUGGCCCUGAAGAACCUGUGUGACCUGGGCAUCAUAGACCCGUACCCACCGCUCUGCGACACAAAGGGCUCCUACACCGCUCAGUACGAACACACCAUCCUACUCAGGCCCACCUGUAAGGAAGUGGUGAGCCGUGGGGAUGACUACUGAGCAUUUUCCGUAGGCCGGCUGACCUCAAACCAGGAAGAACAGGAAGAGAAAGAAUGAGAGAAGAUAAAUCAGGGUCCUGUUCAUUAGGGAACAAAACUUUUUAAAUGUUUUGCAACAGAAAAUGAUAUUGAGUGUUUCUUAUUGGACAAGUCCAGUUAGUCCCUCUGUGUUGUUUCUUCUUCUUCUUCCGUUUGGUGCCUAAUGAACACAACCCAGUAAAACACAGACAAGAAUCCCCACUAGACAUUUAUUCAACGUUGUUGUGACGUAAUUUUAAGUUGCCUAAAUCCAAACCUUUAGUAGCUUCAAGAGUUUUAGCAAGAGCAUGAGACUGGUGUCAAGGAAGUAGCUUACUUAUUACAUGUAUUAUUUCAAAGGAUCAAGCCAAUAAAUAAGGGCAUAUAAAAAGCAAGAAAUAUAAUCUUGACAUUUUCUUCAUCAUACUUACUUGAUUGCUAUAUUGCUUAUUUAGAAUAAAAUGAAAUAUGCAAAAUUUCUCCCUAUGUUUUGGGUGGACACCUCAAUAUAUUACUUAAUACUGCAAAGCUUCAAUGCCUUGGAAAGAACCUGUGGAAAAUAUAUAUACCUGCUAUGAAAGUAUUUAUAUUUCUAUAUUUUGUUUAUCUGCUGUAUUUUAUUUUGAGGCAAUUUUUUUUUAUAAAUAAAUUGUAUUGUUACAAAUCUUA